CAGUGUUCAAGAAAUGAGAACUUUGUAGCUGUGACUCAGUGGUACAAGAUUAGCUUCGAAUUCAGAAGGUCCCGGGUUCAGUUCCCGGCUUUUCCAGUGACAGAACAGCUGAUACGAGAAAGAGACCUGGACAUUUGGAAAGCUGCUGCCAGGACUGGAGACAGUGCCAACCUGGAUAGACGGAUGAUGUGAUGCCGCUCCUAGUCCUUAGCUCCUACCCGGUCCUGCGGUCCCUUUCACUGUCUUGCCUUAUACUGGCACUGGCCGGGAGGCUUGGAGAACGAGCAAGGCUUCCAGCACUGAGACCAAUGCGCUAGGAAAGACCGUGUGGUGUUCAAAGAGGUUCAGCUCAGACACUUCCGGGAUUCAACCGCCAAGAUUAUCUUUUCAUAUAUGAUUGUACCACUGCAAGAAAGAAACCUCAGCAAGACAAAGGAUGACAACAAACGCCUGAUUCUUUUUCGUACUGAACCUUCCUGGGAAUGCUUGAGCAUAAGGCUUGUCACUAGAAGAUGCACUUCCAUGAUUUUAACAGCAGCGGAAGAUAAGAUUCUGGUUGCUGAUAAAUCUGGCGAUGUCUAUUCUUAUUCAGUAUCUGAACCAGAAAACACAGGAACAAUUGAACUUGGGCACCUGUCUCUUCUACUUGAUGUGGCUUUGAGUCCUGAUGACCAGUAUAUCUUAACAGCUGACCGAGAUGAGAAGAUACGAGUUAGUUUGACAAGAGCACCACAUAACAUUGUAUCCUUCUGCCUGGGACACAGAGAGUUUGUCAGUCGAAUAUUUGUAAUACCAGACUAUCCAAAUCUUCUCUUAUCAGCAUCCGGGGACUGUACACUGAGGCUUUGGGAAUACAAAAGUGGGAAAGAAGUCAGUUGUUGCCACCUGAACAUCUUGAAUGCAAGUGAAGCCACCAAAAGUGAGAAGAAAUAUGUAGUCUCAAGAACAGCCUAUUGUAGUGAAGGAAAUUACAUUGCCAUUUUAUAUGACUGCAUUCCCACAGUGUCCAUCUUCCAGCUGGAUGCUGAUGCUGAGAAACUCCUUUGCAAACAACAUAUCUCCUUGAUUCACCAAGGAUGGGACAUUGCAUUUGAGGAAACUGGUGGGCUUUGGAUUCUGCAAGAGGAUAAAGAAACACCACUUCUGUUGUACCAACUUGUGGAUGGACAGUGGCAGCCUGUGAUUGAAGAGGAAGGAUUGAUAAAAAUGUCAAAAUAUGUGCAUGACAACUGGACAAUGUUUGAAGACUCUAUUGGCAGAGGAAGCUGCUAUCAGAAUCUCUACAAGGCUUCUUUUGAUAACAUGUCUGUUUACCUGCAAAAGAAAGAAGAAAGGCUAAAUCAGCAGAAGAAUAAGAGAAAGGAACUGCAGCGUGCAGCAAAUGGGCAGACAAAGAAGGUCAAAACAGAAGGCCCAUCCUUGUGAUUUGGUUGUGAUUUGCAAAGAGCAUCAAGAAGUUGAUUUGAGAACCUGAAUUGCUUCCUGGAGCUCAGUGAAUAAGUUAGCUUGGUGCCUAUCCAUGCCUGCCAUCAGAGAAACUAUUGGUAAUAGCAGAAUUUGCCUGAUUACCAAGAUGUUAUCCAUCUCAUUGAACACCAUUGUGUACUGUGUACACUGUUUCUGGUUAGAAACUUUGACUGCCAACUUGGAUUUCAUUGAGUGAUGAUAUCAGGCAUGGCAAGGAGAGAGGCAGGCUGAGAAAUUUUCUCCUCCGAAUCCUGCUGAGAGUCCCUAUUACAUUUAUUUUCUGGAAUGAGCCAUCAAGUCCUAAUGUGUGUUAGAAGAGUCUGAAAAUAUGGUGGGUGCAGGUUGGCAGAGAUUGUUUCAGUGUGAUCCUUGUCGCCUUCCAAUGCAUUGAAGGGGUGGAAGCAUCAGAUCUUCAUACUAGUGAUUUACUGAUAGAAUCAAAUGAAUAUCAUGAUCUCCUCAAUCAGUAAUGGGAGAGACAACAGGGCAGUCUUUUCUUGAAUAAAUCUCUCUGUUGUAUAGUUGAUCUAUAAUGGGGAGAUGUUGGCCAUUUGUUUUGUUUUUUAUUAGACUUUAUUUUUUAGUGUAUGGAAAAUGAUAAAUUUCAAUUUGAGAUCUGAUUUGAAGUAUAAGUAACCAGCACAAGCACUCUUUCAUUCACUGGAAAGUCUUAACUUAGUUCUGCUUUAGGACUUGAUCCAGCACUUCACGAGAUGCUGUAAAAUGUAUCAACCCAGUGUUAUCAUUUGAAGUACUCUUAUUUGGAAGCAAGUGUUAUGUGUCUUGGUGACACAUAUUUUUUAUUUUUAAGACGAAAUGGUUUUAAACCAGCUAAGGGAUAAACUAAAUUAUGUUUUGAAGAUUAAACCAUUAAAGCUAAGCAAUCACACUAGCUACUUUUCUAUUUGAGAUCCGGGAAACUAUUGAGUCUAAACUGAAAAAUUGAAGUAUCAGGAUGGUUCUUUUUUGUUUCCCAUAUCAAUACUGCCUUUUAAGUCAUGGGUUUGAGUCCUGUUCAACUUAUUGGAUUUACUUCUUUAGAGGCCAGGAUAUAAAAUAACUCCAUACAUAUGUUUGUAUCCAAAGUGUUCUUGGGUAAUUUGAUUCCGCCUCCUGGAAAAAGUACAAACAAAAACAGAACCACUGAAUAUGGACGUACCUUUUGUGAUGCCAGACAGUUUUAAAUUGGAAAGGGGAAAUUGGCCCAUCUUUAUCGUACAAGUAUUUUCAUUUUAAGACUGUGGAUGAUACUUACCAAGCAGCUUGCUGCUGGCUCUGAUGUGAACCACAGCCUGUUUUGCUCAGCUGUGGCCCAGACUAAACUAGAUGAUAACAACAUGGUAAUACAAUGAAGAAUUGGGCUGCCCCAAUUCCAUUAUUACAAAUAUUUCUUGAUGCAGAUAGAUUUUGUCAUUAUCUGCUCUGCUGAUAAAAUAUUUACCCACAUUAUAGCAACUUUUCAUCUUAAAUAUGUUGGGGUCUAGUAAUGUUCAGAAUAGGCAGAGUCAUUAUUUUUCCUCAGCACAAAUUGCUUCAAUUACGUUAUCAUAGUAAACAAUGCACUUCAAUGAGUCAUCAAAUUACUGUUUUAAAAGGUUAGUGACCAUGGUAUGGAAUAGGGUUUUUCUCUCUUUCUAUUGGUUUCCAUUUCUGUCAUUUCUGUUGCUUUCUAAUUAGGUGCUCCUGACAUAUGUGGCAAACCAGUAGAUCCUUGGUUGGAAAAAAUAAAGGGUGUUCAUUGAAUAUCAGUUCUAUUUGUUGAAUUGUAUAUCAACCCCCAUUGUAACUCCAAUGUUCUAUGUCCACCUAAGCGAACAGAAAAUAGCAGCUAAGUUCUGAACAUUGUACUUGUAUGGGCAUGUAAAAUUCAACUUUUAAAAAAUCUGGAAGUUUUAUUAAAACAACAAAUACAACUCUGAAAAUAGUAUUUGGAUCCAUCAGUUAGGAGGUGUUUUGUUCUGAAGACUGUUUUGGCUGCAAGAAUAAAUGACAGUUCUGAAUUUA